GAGCGAGCCGCGUCUCCCCGCCGGAGCCCCCCCACCCAUUUCUUUGCUGAACUUGCAAUUCCGUGCGCCUUGGCGUGUUUCCCCCUCCCCCCUUCCCUCGUCCCCUCCCCUCCCCGGAGAAGAGAGUUGGUGUUAAGAGUCAGGGAUCUUGGCUGUGUGUCUGCGGAUCGGUAGUGGCGGCGGCGGCGGCGGCGGCGGGGAAGGAGCAGGAGCGGGCGCGGGAGAGGCGGCGGUGGCGGCAGUGCUUAGACAUGACCGCCGCCUGGGCGCCGGCGGUGCACCGGGAGCCCCUUCUCGCGCGCGGGCGGUUUGUGUGAUUUUGCUAAAAUGCAUCACCAACAGCGAAUGGCUGCCUUAGGGACGGACAAAGAACUGAGUGAUUUACUGGAUUUCAGUGCGAUGUUUUCACCUCCUGUGAGCAGUGGGAAAAAUGGACCAACUUCUUUGGCGAGUGGACAUUUUACUGGCUCAAAUGUAGAAGACAGAAGUAGCUCAGGGUCCUGGGGGAAUGGAGGACAUCCAAGCCCGUCCAGGAACUAUGGAGAUGGGACUCCCUAUGACCAUAUGACCAGCAGGGACCUUGGGUCACAUGACAAUCUCUCUCCGCCUUUUGUCAAUUCCAGAAUACAAAGUAAAACAGAAAGGGGCUCAUACUCAUCUUAUGGGAGAGAAUCAAACUUACAGGGUUGCCACCAGCAGAGUCUCCUUGGAGGUGACAUGGAUAUGGGCAACCCAGGAACCCUUUCACCCACCAAACCUGGUUCCCAGUAUUAUCAGUAUUCUAGCAAUAACCCCCGGAGAAGGCCUCUUCACAGUAGUGCCAUGGAGGUUCAGACAAAGAAAGUUCGCAAAGUUCCUCCAGGUUUGCCAUCUUCAGUUUAUGCUCCUUCAGCAAGCACUGCCGACUACAACAGGGAUUCACCAGGCUACCCUUCCUCGAAACCAGCAGCCAGCACUUUCCCUAGCUCCUUCUUCAUGCAAGAUGGUCAUCACAGCAGUGACCCUUGGAGCUCCUCCAGUGGGAUGAAUCAGCCUGGCUAUGGAGGAAUGUUGGGCAAUUCUUCUCAUAUUCCACAGUCUAGCAGCUACUGUAGCCUGCAUCCACAUGAACGUUUGAGCUAUCCAUCACACUCCUCAGCAGACAUCAAUUCCAGUCUUCCUCCGAUGUCCACUUUCCACCGUAGUGGAACAAACCAUUACAGCACCUCCUCCUGUACGCCUCCUGCCAACGGGACAGACAGUAUAAUGGCAAAUAGAGGAAGCGGGGCAGCAGGCAGCUCCCAGACUGGAGAUGCUCUGGGGAAGGCACUUGCUUCGAUCUAUUCUCCCGAUCACACUAACAACAGCUUUUCAUCAAACCCUUCAACUCCUGUUGGCUCUCCACCUUCUCUUUCAGCAGGCACAGCUGUUUGGUCUAGAAAUGGAGGCCAGGCCUCAUCGUCUCCCAAUUAUGAAGGACCUCUACACUCUUUGCAAAGCCGAAUUGAAGAUCGUUUAGAAAGACUGGAUGACGCAAUUCACGUUCUCCGGAAUCAUGCAGUGGGCCCAUCCACAGCUAUGCCUGGUGGUCAUGGGGACAUGCAUGGAAUCAUUGGACCUUCUCAUAAUGGAGCAAUGGGUGGUCUGGGCUCAGGGUAUGGAACCGGUCUUCUUUCCACCAACAGACAUUCACUCAUGGUUGGGGCCCAUCGUGAAGAUGGCGUGGCCCUGAGAGGCAGCCAUUCUCUUGUGCCAAACCAAGUUCCAGUUCCACAGCUUCCUGUCCAGUCUGCAACUUCCCCUGAUUUGAACCCACCUCAGGACCCUUACAGAGGCAUGCCACCGGGACUGCAGGGCCAAAGUGUCUCCUCCGGCAGCUCUGAGAUCAAAUCUGAUGACGAGGGUGAUGAGAAUCUGCAAGACACCAAGUCUUCCGAGGACAAGAAAUUAGAUGACGACAAGAAGGAUAUCAAAUCAAUUACUAGGUCAAGAUCUAGCAAUAACGAUGAUGAGGACCUAACCCCCGAGCAGAAGGCCGAGCGGGAGAAGGAGCGGAGGAUGGCCAACAAUGCCCGCGAGCGGCUGCGCGUCCGUGACAUCAAUGAGGCGUUCAAGGAGCUUGGCCGCAUGGUACAGCUCCAUCUCAAGAGUGACAAGCCCCAGACCAAGCUCCUGAUUCUGCACCAGGCCGUGGCCGUCAUCCUCAGCCUGGAGCAGCAAGUACGAGAAAGGAAUCUGAACCCAAAAGCUGCGUGUCUGAAAAGAAGGGAAGAAGAAAAGGUAUCCUCAGAGCCUCCCCCGCUCUCUUUGGCGGGCCCUCAUCCUGGAAUGGGAGACGCAUCCAAUCACAUGGGACAGAUGUAAAAGGGUCCAAGUUGCCACAUUGCUUCAUUAAUCCAAGAGACCACUUCCUUAACAGCUGUAUUAUCUUAAACCCACAUAAACACUUCUCCUUAACCCCUUUUUUGUAAUAUAAGACAAGUCUGAGUAGUUAUGAAUCGCAGACGCAAGAGGUUUCAGCAUUCCCAAUUAUCAAAAAACCGAAAAACAAAAUGAAAAAAAAAAAGAAAGAAAGAAAGAAAGAAAGAAAGAAAGAAAGAAAGAAAAAAGUGCAACUUGAGGGAUGACUCUCUUUAACAUAUCAUUCAGAAUGUGCAGAGCGGUGUGUGCAGGCUGAGACACAGCCCAGAGACUGAAUGGCAAUCUUUCCACACUGUGGAACAAUGCAUUUGUGCCUAAACUUCUUUUGGAAAAAAAAAAUAUAAUUAAUUUGUAAGUCUGAAAAAAUAUUUAAUUUAAAAAAAUUGUAAACUUGCAAUAAUGAAAAAGUGUACUUCUGAAGAAAACUACAUGAACGCUUUUGUUGGUAUUCAAGUCAGCUAGUGUUAUAAUUACUGGAUAUUGAAUAAGGGAAGCUCGGCUGCCCUAGUAACAAAACCAGCAAACGUCCUGAUGACAACGAGUGAUGACAUUAGCCAUUCCUUAGGGUAGGAGGAACAGAUGGAUCUUAUAGACCUAUGACAAAUAUAUAUAUAAAUAUAUAUAUAAAUAUAUAUUAAAAAUUUAGUGACUAUGGUAAGCUUUUGUUCAUUUGUUUCAGACUUUUUUCUCCUGUAAAAAAAUAGUACUGAUUAACUUUUUUAAAAGAAAGAUUUUACUGUAAAUAUGGAUUUUUUUUCGGGUCUUAUUUCUGUCCCUUUCCCCCGUUUGUUAUCGUAACCUGUAGUGCCAACUCUGCUUCCGGAGGGGCAGUGCAGGAUGAAAUGCUGACCCUGAUGUUGCUUUUCAUUCAUAAAUACGUUGAGAGUUGUUUCUCCAGUCUUUUGGGAACACAGGACUUAAAAGUCACAUCAUGUGUAGAUAUUACAAGCAGCAUUACCAAGACAUGGCAAAAAAAAAAAAAAAAAGAGUUUGUCUGAAUUGUAAUGUUGCAUUUGUGACCCUAUUCUGGGAUUUUCAGAGGUACAAGGUUAGAAUGCUACAAUGUUACCACUGUGCCUUCCAAUGUUUAUAUCAUCGGAAACAUAACAUAAUCAAAGUGGCUGUGAUUUAACAAAAUGAUUAAAGUGUUACCUACAUGUGUAGCCGAAGUAGUGUGCAGUGAGGCGUUUCUGAAUACAUGGUCAGAUUUUUGGAAAAAAAAAAACACAAAACAAAAACAAACAAAAAAAAAAACAAAGUUCAAACACCAUCAAAUGAGAAAAAUUGCAAGUAGUGUGACAGCUGAUUGUUUUGUUGCUUUGAUUUUUUUUUUCAAAAUGGGUUUACUAAGAUGUAGAUGACUUAACUGCCUCCUCCUUUGUCUGAAAAAAAAAAAUGCCAAUAUUCAAUCAUGCAGCAUUAUUACAAGCCUUAUAAGUCCUAAAGCAUUAAGUUGCACUUUCUUGAGGAGGGGUAGUGCAGUAUUUCUCUGGCCAGUAUGAAUGAAGUUUAUACUUAACAUAUUUGAUAGAAACAUAGAUCAAGCUAUGGCACAGCAACUCAUCAGAUAGCUAGCUUUGACGUCUGGGCACAACUGAACCAAGUUCCAUCAUGAAUCUUUAUAAUGAUUGACUUUGGUGUAUAGUGCAGUAAACAAAUAGUGCUCCUAGUUAAGUAUUUGUCAGCAUCCUUUUGUCUCUUAACUUGUUUCUGUUUUUACAGCCACACAAUCUUGGCAUGUAUUAAGGAAAAAAAAAAUCCCUGUUCAAGUAGUUUUUCCACCUAUCAGCACUGAGUAAAUGCCAUAAAUCCAUCGAAAUGGUCUAAAUGUUCCAUCUGUUCUCCUGUUUUGCCAGUUACAUAGUAAUGAAAUACAUUUGUAAAUUUUAUGCAACAAAUGGCAAGCGCAUCAUUAUUUUGAAAUUGUGUAUGUAAAAGUUAUAUUUUUACAUGUAGACUCUUGUUAUUAUGUGUUUUAAUACAUUGUAUCAGUUUUUUUUUUUUUAACCGUGUGGUUUUAAAGUCUCAUUUAAAUGAAAUAGUGAGCUACAAGAAUCUGAAUUUUUAUGUUCAUUUCUGAAAAGUGUAAGAACAAAUAAGAUAGUUACCACGUGGUCAUCUUUUACACAUCCAUAAACAUUUUGAUUAGGUGUGUGUGUUUGUGAGUGUGUGUGUGUGUGUGUGUGUGUGUGUUUGUGUGUGUGUGUGUGUGUGUGUAUGUUGAAAACUGUAAAUAUGUUCAGUAGCAAUGAAACUAAAAUACUUUGAUUUGUUGAUAAGUUCCUAAAAUGUGGAGGUGGAUUUAAAUCUUAGGAGAAUAGCAGAAAUCAAACUUCAUGAAAAGUUAUUUUGAGACUUUCCUGUGAAAUGUAUGAGCAAAGAGGUUCAAAGAAGGGCAUGGAAGAUAAUAAUGUAGACUUCUCCCCUCCUCCUGAGUAAUGGAAACCAUGUGUACAUGUUCCCUCAGUAUGUUAAAGAUUUCCUUUUAGUGGUACAUUCUGCACUCAUUUUGUAUAGUCUAUCAAGGCGGGUAUCCCUAGGAACAAUAUUAUAUAGGAAGCAGGUAUACUCUGAUCACAUUCAGGAUAAGUGUACAGAAG